AUGAAAUCAUAUAUUAUAGAUAAAGACUUAGGAUAAGGAACAUUCAGUAAGGUCAAAUUAGGGAUUCAUAAGCUAACUGGUGAAAAGGUAUAAGAGUAUACUUAAAUUAAUUUAGGUGGCAAUAAAGAUCAUUGACAAGACUAAAUAAUAAGAGUCUGAUUAUGUUAGAAUUCAUCGUGAAAUUUCAAUUCUAAGAAAAUUAAGACACCCUAAUGUGGUGCAAUUAUUUGAAGUAAGCCAUUUGCAUAGUAGAUUGUCGAAAGUGACACUAAGUUGUACAUUGUUACUGAAUAUGCUAGUGGAGGAGAGCUAUUUGACCAUAUAGUGCGUAAUAAACGUCUUGAAGAACGAGAAGCUGCUAGACUAUUCAUCUAAUUGAUACAUGCAGUUACUUAUAUUCAUGAACAUCAAGUUGUUCAUAGAGAUUUAAAACCAGAAAAUGUACUACUCAAUGAAGGUACUUUAAAAGUAGUUGAUUUUGGAUUAUCCUCUACUUAUCAACCUGGAUAGAAAUUAAAAACACCUUGUGGUAGUCCUUGCUAUGCUGCUCCUGAAAUGUUAUAAGGACUUUCUUAUGAUGGAUUAUUUACAGAUAUUUGGUCCAGUGGAAUCAUAUUAUAUGCUAUGAUUUGUGGGUAUUCUAAUUUUAUUAAAAUGAAGAUGUGUCCCAUUUGAAGAUUAAAAUACUAAGAGAUUAUAUGAAAAGAUUAAAACUUCUGAUUUCCAUUUACCUAAACAUGUUAGUUUAUAGGCUGCAGAUUUACUCAAAAAAUUAUUGAUGAAGGAUCCAACAUAAAGAAUUACAUUACAAGAAAUUAAGAAUCAUGAUUUUAUCAAAUUUGCUGGUUAAUAUUCAAUACCUUAAUAACUUAAAAUUGAUAAUGAUAUUGUAUAAUAAAUGGUUCAAAAUGGAUUAUCUAGUUAAUCAGAAAUCAUAGAAAUGAUUUAAAAUAAUAAACACAAUUAGAUAACAACUACUUAUUACCUUUUAUAAAAUAAAAACCCUUAAUCCCAAUAAUAAUUUUAAUAAUAAACAUUCAAUAAAAUUACACAAUAACUUAUUUCAUAGGUACCCCAUAAUUAAAUCAAUGAAAAUACUCCUUAUAUAUUUAAGAUAAAACUUAAGAGUAAAUCUCCUUAUUAAUAAUAAGAAAAAUAAAAUGAUGUUACAUUAGCACAUAUUACAUAAUCUCCAAGAAAAAAUCAUUUAGAAAAUUAAAAUAAUAUUUCUAUUACUAAAAAAAUGUAUAUAUAAUAAUAUUUAUAAUUAUUUUUAUAGACGUACCAAAACUAGAUCAUAAGAACCCAUUCAAAAAAGAGAACCUUCACUUAGCAAUCAAUAACCACUUACAAAAUAAACAAGAUAAGUUUAAAUUGGAGAAUUCUUUAAAAAAACUGAUAAUGAAUAAUUUUUAAAUCAAAGAUAAAAUGUUAUCCCUUAAGGAUAUAAUAAGUUUAUUAUCACUGAACGUGUCAGUAUGCAAAAUAACACAUCUAUUUCCAAGAUACCAUCUAGAUAAGGGAGAUUAUCAUUCAAAAUAGAACAAAAACCUUUGUCAACCUAACCUAAUGAAAGUAAUAAGGAAGGUAAACAUUAAAAAUCUACUUCAAAUACAAAAAAACCAACUGAAAUUAGUUCCAAUUAGAAACUCUUAUAAAUGGAUUCUAUUGCUACACAAAUUUAAAAUAAUAUUUAGAAUAGGUUUCUAAUAUAUAAAAAGAAAAUCAAAUAAUGA